AUGAAUUCUGCAGGCUCCCAGUCGUUGCACCAAGAAGCUCGAACUUUUACAAAUUAUCCACAAAUUCAAAAGCCAGCAGAUCCAAAUACAGGAGUUUCUCUGUUCAUGUCGGCUGAUUCUGGGGUCAAAGCUAGCUCUUCAAUCAACAAGAUAAACAUAGCAGCAAGCAGAAUGCACGUGGCCCCAAACACAUUGUCGGCAACGGAAAUGAUGGCACCUGGCAUCAACUUGCUUGCCGAUGUGCUGACGGCAAGCACAUCUGCUGCCACAUCGGAAGCCACAAAUUCGCCCACAGCAGCCUCCUCAUACGGCUCAAUUGUUGCGCCAAUGCCUAUGAUCAAUAUGACACCCUCUCAACUGCUCACACCCUCAACUGCAACAACAAUCUCGUCCACUCGGGAGGAUACCGAUUCCAUUCAAGAUAUUCUUGCUAAUUCUGGCGUCAAUCUCAAAGAGGAGGCAGAGGCCAUAUUAAGGGAGCAAGAGGCCUUUACCUCGUAUUUCCCCGCAUCAUCGAUGCCUUCCAUUGAGGACCCUCGGGCCAAAAUUUCAAGUCUUUUCAAUCACGACAACUUGGCCUUCUUGCUCUCCACCAUAGGCUCGAAAAAUAAGAUUUCCAUUCCCAAGUCCACCGAAAAUGGAAUCAUGGAGGGGCUGCUUUACGUGCUCCAAGCAAAGCUGGCAAUCAUCAUGGAUGAGCUUGUCUUGAUAUCCAGGCAUCGAUACGAGUCAAGUUCCUCUCACAAGUCAUCCAUCCGCUCCAAGGUACUUUUGUUUCUUGGAUAA